UAAUCUAAUCCUGGUACCUUGGAUCCGCACGAGUGGUCGGUAACUUGACGCAUGUAAGCAUCGUAAACGUGAACUUUGGAGGCUAUAAACAAUAAGAACCAGUGAAGUAGGUUUGUUAUAAAUGUGGCAGAAAGAAAUUCGUAAACAACAAAAAUGAAAAUCAGUGUCGACGGAUUGAUUGUGUACUUCCCCUACGAUUACAUUUACCCGGAACAGUAUGCGUACAUGUUGGAACUCAAGCGAGGUCUCGAUGCUAAGGGUCAUUGCCUCUUGGAAAUGCCUUCGGGUACUGGAAAAACUGUGACAUUACUGUCACUGAUUGUGGCUUACAUGCUGCAAAACCCCUUGAAGAUAACUAAAUUAAUAUACUGCUCACGUACAGUACCGGAGAUAGAGAAAGUCAUAGAAGAAUUAAAAAAUCUUAUAGAAUACUAUGAAAAAGAGGAUGGAGUAAAGCCAAAACUUGUUGGAUUGGUGCUGAGCUCUAGGAAAAACAUGUGCAUACAUCCAGAAAUAAGCAGGGAACGUGAAGGAAAAAUUGUUGACGGUCGAUGUCAUUCCCUCACUGCCUCGUAUGUAAGAGAAAGGCAUAAUUACGAUGAAUCAACGCCAGUUUGCAGCUUUUAUGAGGGAUUCGAUUUAGAGGGACGUGAACAGAUUGUGCCUGCUGGAAUUUAUUCCCUGGAUGACCUGAAAGAGUAUGGAAGAGACAGGAAUUGGUGUCCAUAUUUUUUGGCUAGAUUUACGAUACUGCAAGCUCACAUUGUUGUAUACAGUUACCACUACCUUCUUGAUCCAAAAAUUGCUGAAACUGUAUCUAAAGAAUUGAGUAAAACAUCUGUUGUGGUUUUUGACGAGGCACACAACAUCGACAACGUAUGCAUAGACUCAAUGAGCGUCAAAAUAAACAAAAGAAUAGUUGAAAAAAGCACGGCAAAUAUACAAAUUUUGGAGAAAACUGUGGCUGAGAUGAGAGAAGACGACGUGAAUAAAUUAAAAGAGGAGUACAGUAGAUUAGUUGAAGGCCUCAAAGGUGCGCAAACGGCAAGAGAAACUGACAUUAUUUUGUCCAACCCAAUUUUGCCAGAUGAAGUACUUCAAGAGGUUGUUCCUGGCAACAUAAGAAAUGCCGAACACUUUGUUGGAUUCUUGAAGCGGUUUGUAGAAUACCUAAAAACAAGGCUUCGAGUGCAGCAUGUAAUGCAGGAAUCGCCAGCUGGAUUUCUACGCGACAUUCAGUCUAAAGUUUGCAUAGAAAGAAAACCCCUGAAGUUUUGCGCGGAGAGAUUAGCAUCGCUUUUACGAACGAUGGAAAUUAGUGAUGUUACAGAUUUUUCGCCUCUGAUUUUGGUCACGCACCUUGCCACUCUUGUUUCCACGUACACAAAAGGUUUCACUAUCAUAGUCGAACCAUUCGAUGAUAAAACACCAACGGUUCUAAAUCCGAUUCUACAUUUUAGCUGUCUCGAUUGUUCUAUUGCUAUGAAACCAAUAUUUGACAGAUUUCAGUCAGUCAUUAUCACCUCGGGAACACUUUCGCCCUUAGACAUGUAUCCAAAGAUCUUAGAUUUUCAUCCUGUAAUCAUGUCGUCGUUUACCAUGACUCUUGCACGACCUUGUUUGUUACCAAUGAUCGUUGCCAAAGGUAAUGACCAGGUAGCGAUAUCAUCUAAAUUUGAAACUAGAGAAGAUGUCGCUGUGAUAAGAAAUUAUGGACAAUUAUUGGUAGAAUUUUCAGCAGCAGUACCAGACGGUUUAGUCUGUUUUUUCACCUCCUAUUCAUACAUGGAAUCUGUAGUUGCUGCAUGGUAUGAUCAAGGAGUAGUAGACCAACUUCAAAGGCACAAAUUACUCUUCAUCGAGACACAGGACUCUGCAGAAACAAGUUUGGCCUUGAUGAACUACAUAAAAGCAUGCGAAAAUGGACGUGGAGCUGUUCUAUUAUCUGUAGCUCGAGGCAAAGUGUCAGAGGGUGUUGAUUUUGACCACCAUUUAGGAAGAGCUGUUCUUAUGUUCGGUAUACCUUACGUUUACACUCAGUCCCGGAUCUUGAAAGCCAGACUAGAAUAUCUACGAGAUCAAUUUCAAAUAAGAGAAAAUGAUUUCUUAACGUUUGAUGCAAUGCGGCAUGCCGCGCAGUGCGUUGGCCGAGCCAUAAGAGGCAAAACUGACUAUGGUAUCAUGGUGUUCGCGGACAAGCGUUUUUCAAGAGCGGACAAAAGAAGCAAAUUGCCCAAAUGGAUUCAAGAACACCUUACAGACAGUCUUUGCAAUUUAUCAACAGAAGAAGCAAUACAGAUAAGCAAAAGGUGGUUGCGACAAAUGGCUCAGCCAUUUACGCGGGAAGAUCAGCUCGGAUUGUCUCUUUUGACUAGGGAACAAUUGGAAAAGGAAGAAGCCAGCAAAUUUGAGAAACAAGCACAACAAAAUUAAAAUGGUGCCUCAUUCUUAGAGGUCUAAGAGUAUAGAGUUAGAGGAAUAUCGGGUAAGAUUAGAACACAUUCUAAUACCAAUUUCACAUUAGCCGAUAGACACAAUUUUACCGCUAUUCGAUAACUGGUUGAUAAAGAUGUCUUAUGAAAGGUGACUUUAUUUAUGUAUAUUGUUUCUCGUUUUUUUCCUUGUACACCAUGUAUACUAAGAAAACAUUAAAUCUUGUUUGGUGAAAAAAUGAAUGAAAAAAACGGAAAGAACUGAAAUCAUAAUUGCUAGUGGAUAAUUCAAAUUCUAUUCAUCUUUAUAAAUACCUUAGUCAUAUUUUGUUAUGAAUAUCGGUCCACUGUCUUGUGAACAUUGAGUUGAAAAAUACUUACGUUUUCUUGGUUUAGUGAGAAUUCUAUCUUGUAUUGCAUACGGAUAUGGGUAUGUAAAUAUCGAACGGUGGAUAUAUGAAUGUAAUAUAACAUUAGGUUUCAUUUAAAUUUUUUUUUCAUGUUUUAUUAAAAAAGCUUCCUUAAAUAAUUCACAGUUUCAGUUCACAGGAAUUAGUAUUCAAUAAAGCACGUUAAUUACAUCAUCAUUUCGAACUUAGUUAAGUGUUGUAACCUAAUUAGGUUUUCCAAAUUCGCAACGUUAAUUAAGAAAAAUAAGUGGCACUAGCUAUUAAACAAAAAAGUCUAAAGAAAAUGAUCGUUUAGUGAAUACGAUGAAGUAGAUGAUUUCACAGUGAUGCGGAUAAUGUAAAUUUUUUAACACAAUUCGUAUCGUACGCAGUACCGAUUUUUAUUCUAUAUUCUGAUCUAGAGUGCAGAAACAAAACUGAAAAGCAAUUAUAAGCAUAAAAAUGUUGAAACUUAGUGAAGCGAAAUCGAGAAAUAAAAAUGAACACAAUUUGAGGUAACAGAGUAACUGCACUAAUUUAAUUUCACGAUCAUAUAGUACGACGUUGGAAUUUUAACAGUAUCGAAAAUACUUUUAUAUUAAUCUAUGCACGUUGUGUAAAAUAUACAUAUGUCACCAUCUGACAAGAAUCUGGUCACC